UGUUAGUCGCCAUCGCCACUAUGGCAAACCGACGCUUAGUUUUACUGGUCACGGUAAUCUGUGCUAUCAUCUGUGCCACUACCGGCCAUCCAACCGGGCACUCCGGUUUCAAAAGGCCCAAACGUUGUGGCUAUGAGGCCUGUCCCGCUCCCAAAGAGGGAAUGCUGAACGUCCACUUGGUUCCUCAUAGCCACGACGAUGUCGGAUGGCUGAAGACGGUCGAUCAGUACUAUUAUGGAAGUCGCAGCAACAUUCAGAAAGCGGGAGUACAGUACAUUUUGGAUUCGGUAGUCGAGGAACUGCUAAAGGAUUCGAAACGACGCUUCAUCUACGUGGAAUCCGCUUUCAUGCAGAAGUGGUACAAAGAGCAAACCCCGAAAGUGAAGCGGCAGGUCAAAAUGUUGGUUGACGAGGGUCGUUUGGAGUUCAUUGGCGGUGCGUGGAGUAUGAACGAUGAGGCUGCCGCUCAUUAUCACAGUGUCGUGGAUCAGUUCACUUGGGGCUUACGCUUCCUGAACGAAACGUUUGGCGAUUGUGCACGUCCCCGAAUCGGAUGGCAGAUCGAUCCGUUUGGACACUCGCGCGAACAGGCAUCCUUGUUCGCACAGAUGGGCUACGAUGGGAUGUUCUUUGCCCGGCUCGACUACCAGGAUAAGAACCACCGGAUGGCAACCCAGACACCGGAAAUGGUGUGGCACACCAGUAGCAGCUUGGCGAACAGCGAUCUGUUCACGAGUGUGCUGUAUAACCACUACUCGGCUCCACCGGGCUUCUGUUUCGAUGUUUUGUGCAACGAUGACCCAAUGAUUGACGACAACUCCAGCACUGAUAACAACGUGAAAGAUAGGAUUGAUACUUUUAUAACGUGGUUGGAGAAAAUGGCCGAAUCUUACCGGUCGAAGAACUUGAUUCUUACCAUGGGCGAUGACUUCAACUACAUGAACGCUGUCAUGAACUUCAAAAAUAUGGAUAAACUUAUCAAAUACACUAAUGCGCGUCAAGCGGAAGGAUCGUUGGUGAAUGCGUUCUACUCCACACCUUCCUGCUAUUUGAAGGCCGUCCAUGCGGCUAACAUUGAGUGGCCAACAAAGUCCGAUGACUUCUUCCCUUACGAAUCUGAUUACCAUUCCUUCUGGACGGGUUACUUCACUUCCCGACCGACGCAGAAACGCUACGAACGUGAAGGAAACCACUUCCUGCAGGUUUGCAAACAGCUGUCGGCUAUCGCACCAACGAAAGAGGACUUCUUCGAGGAUCAUCUGACCAGUCUGCGUGAGGUUAUGGGAGUGAUGCAGCACCACGAUGCGAUUACGGGCACCGAGAAGCAGCAUGUCGCUGACGACUACAACCGUAUGUUGUACGUGGCCUUUGAGGCAUGCAGUGCCAAUACGCGAUCGGUCCUUAAUCAAUUGACUGGAGAAAGAGAGAACUUCCAGUUCGACUGGAACUACUGUAGAAAUCAAAACAUCAGUGCCUGUGAAACAACCGAGUCCUUCGAGAACCUUCUCGUGCUCCUGUAUAAUCCUCUUGCCCAUAGCACUGACGACUUCGUGCGACUUCCGGUGAAGGAAG